AUGCCUCUCGAUCGCACUCGUCCGUUUCUCAACGACGACGUCCUCCUCAACAUCAUGAGGUUCUCCGACGCGUUGACGAUCUGCCGCUUGAUGCAGAUCUCACGCCCGCUGUACCACCAAGGCCCCGGCUUGCUCAUCCCUCGUGACCUUACGCUCUUUCAUGAGGCGGAGCUGGAGUCGUUCAUUGCGUUCAUGUCCGCCGAGGGACCGUACCGUUUCAAGUUCCUCCACACCAUCAUCUUCAUGGGCGAUGCCAUAUCAAAGCGCGUCGCUCAAUUGCUCGUCGACUUCUUCGUCCGCUUCGCGCCGGUGCUCAAACUCGAAGUUUGCGGCAUUGGGCAGGCGGAGGCGUUUUUCGGCUCACACCCUGCGCUCGCCGGCGCGUUCGCGAAGUUGAGCGGCAUUCAGAAGCUCGAGUUGAGUGAGAUGGGCCCCUUGAGCGUCGCCAUGCUCAGGUCCUCUCAGUUGAAGCUGAAGAGCGUGGCGCUGCUCAUCAAAGCGCCGUCUUCCGGGCUGCCAAUCGGUGAAGCCGAUGAUGAAAUCGAACAUGACGAAGAGGAAAGAGAGGGCGAGGACGAGGACGAGGACGAGGCGGAGGAGGGAGACGACGAAGACAGUGACGAAGAAGACAGCGUACACGACGAAGACGAUGAUGAUUCGUCUACGCCAGCACCGGACGCUCGCAACUUCAUCCUGCUCAUGAGCCAGUCCAAGCACACGCUGCGCUCGAUUUCUGCCAGCUGGAGCCUCACUGGCCCGCCCAAAGCGCUGUACGACAUCCAGUACCCCCUCGUUACCGAACUCUGCCUCGAGAACAACGAGCUCCCCAUCACCCGGCGUUAUGUGCGGGCCUUUCCAAACCUCCGCUCUCUUUCCCUCAGCGCUUCCCAGCAGCAUCUCAGCACGUUCUCCGAAAACCCUGUCUCGUUUCUACUCCCGUACGAGAGCAACGAGGCACAACAGCGCAAGUACGGGACUUGGAACGCACUCAUGGUCGUCCGGGGUGCGCUCUGGGACGUGUUCCUUCUCGCGCUCCAAUGCCCCGUACGGCGGCUCAUCAUCUGCGGGCCAUGGCUCGACGCACUGUUCCUCUCUCCCAUCCUGCGGCCCACGCGGGCCCCGUAUAUGCACCUCGAGUCGUUCGACGUCACCCGCUUCGACAACGGCCAGUUUGGAGAGGCGAUGAGCGACCCGAGCGCGGCCUGCCUGCGCAGCCUCGAUAUCUCGCUCACCCCGGGGAGGAUCGUGCGCCCCGAGGAGAUUGACAUCGUUCACACGCUGGAUAUGCUCAUCGCCGGCCUCGCGGACGUCUCUAUCCACACCCUCGGGCUCAGCAUCUGCUGCUCGGCCCUCCAGGUCCCCCUCUUCCACGCGACUGAGGUCCGCUACUGCGACAUCCGCGCACUCUUCGUCCCCGGAGCACCAUGCGCGACCGAGCUGCACCUCGCGACGCUCGACCUCGACGCUCUCGCGCGCCGCAUCCAGGCCGCGGCCCCGUCGAUCCGCACCGUUGUCGUAACGCUCGCAGGGCUCCGCGGGCGCGAGAACGUGACGGUCGUGGUGGGCGCGGAGCACGCGCUAGCGCUGGGGGAGGCCGCGGUGGAGGUUAUCCCGCUGAAGGUAGGGGAGGGGCUGCGGAAAUCUUGGGGGAAGGGUGCGCGGUUCUUGAAGGAGAUGCGGGAGGGUGGAGGUGCGGAGGUGCGCGCGGUGUCGGGCGCUGAGGUGGACAAGCUCAACGCUAGACUAUACUCCUGA